GGACUACUUCAUCAAAUGCAGUUGAUCCAUUGGGGCCAUUAUGUGAUGUAGCAAAAGACUAUAAUAUAUGGGUUCAUAUUGAUGCUGCAUAUGCAGGAAGUGCAUUUAUUUGCUCAGAGUUCCACUAUUUUCUUCAUGGCAUUGACGGUGCUAACUCAUUUAGCCUCAAUGCACAUAAAUGGUUCUUGACCACUUUGGAUUGUUGCUGCCUCUGGUUAAAAGACCCAAGUGCCCUAAUCAAAGCUCUCUCAACUGAUCCUGAGAUUUUGAAGAACGAGGCUUCUGAUUCAAACCAAGUGGUGGACUACAAAGACUGGCAAAUAGCAUUGAGCCGACGAUUUCGAGCAAUGAAGAUAUGGUUCGUUCUUAGAAGCUAUGGAGUAUCAAACCUCAGAAAAUUCAUAAGGGGUCAUGUAAAAAUGGCUAAACAUUUUGAAGGGCUCAUAGCCAUGGACAAGAGAUUCGAGGUCGUGGUGCCUAGAAAUUUUGCAAUGAAGCUUUUAGGUGAAGAAGAUGCAAAUGAAUUCAACAGCAAGCUUUUGGAAUCCAUUAAUGCAGCAGGGAGAGUGUACAUGACACAUGCUGUGGUUGGGGGAGUAUACGUGAUAAGGCUUGCUGUUGGAGCAACACUUACAGACUAUUGCCAUGUGAACAAGGCUUGGAAGGAGAUACAAGAGCAUGCACAUACCAUGCAAAGUUAG